ACCGCUGUCAAGCUUACGGAAUUACACAUGUCUCAGACAUCAGAUGAAAAGGAGUCAGGUCUCACAGGACCGCUGUCAGGAAAAGCGGAGUCCGAUGAAAAGAAACUUCUUGAAAGUACAGAAAUGGAUGCAAAGUGGAUUCUGCUUCUCUACAUGGCCAUCCUUCACACAGUGACUAGUGCACCGGAGUCAGUGUUUGCUCAAGAGGGAAACUCUGUCAUCCUGACCUUGCACAAACGUGUCAACCUGGACCCAGAUGAUGCUGUCUGGAUAUUUAAUCAAACAAGAGAUGUUGUUAGAUAUUAUCCACACCAUCCUAAAUCUCGCCAGCUAAGAGUCCUAGGCUUUUAUAAGGGUAGAGUAGAAUUUGACAGCACCACGUUCUCUCUGGAGCUGAAGAACCCGCAGAAGACUGACAGCGGACUCUACAGAGGAGAGAUAAAUGCAGAAGGAAAAAAGACUGUUGUUGAAUACAAGCUCUCUGUUUACGAGCAAGUUUCUGCCCCUGUAUUGGCUGUGGAGACUGCCCUUUCCAGUGGUGACAUCUGUAAUGUGACGGUGACCUGUACAGCUGGUGACCUUUCUCUGACCUCCACCUGUAACAGUAGCACCUGCACACAGAAGGAACUGACUAUGUCCUCAAGCCCUGCCAUCCUUAUUAGAGAUGGUGACAUCAUCUGCAACCAUAGCAACCCAGUCAGUUGGAGUCAAGCCACAGUGGACUUUGAAAGAGUGUGUUCGCAAGCGCAACAUUUUUUUGACAAACAGAAUGCAACGAUCAAUACUGCUGUUGUUGGAGGAUUAGUGUCAGUGGCAUUUGUAAUUUGUGCAGUGCUACUAAUUUGUGUCCUUCACAAACGAUGUACAGGAGCCAACAAGGCAAAGAGGAAAAUGAUCCCCAUUGAGAUGUUCCCAAUGACAAAUGGUGGCAAGGAGCAGUCUGAAGUUGUUUGUGGAAAGGCUUCCCCUGGAUUUCCCCAGAACCAAACCCCGGGAUCAGAACUGAAGCAGCGAAACCUCUAUAAGCCUAGGGCCACACCUUCUGUUAGUAGCGAAAGCAGUGAGUCCUUGGCUAGACAGAAGACACUGAGCUCGAGAUCAAGGAAGGACCAAAGUCCCUCUCAGAACAAAUCCUCUUUUACUGUGGUUAACCUCUCACAGGGAUCAGAACCGAAGAAGCAAAACCUCUCUACGCCUAGGGCUACGUCCUCUUUGGUUAAGAAAGAGCUGGACUUCGAUCAAGUUAAAAGUCCUACCUCCAUCUACUGAAGGACCAUCACAGCCCUGGAGACCACACAGCCUGGGCCAGUCUCCUCAUCAAUGACACAAGUGUACACUUACUCAGUCGUUUCAAAAGAGACAUGAGACAGCACAAGGAUUUUAUUAAGUCAAGUACCUAGUAUUUAGCAGAAACCAUUAUCCACACAGAUUCUUAACGACGGGUUCAAGAUCCUCCACCACACCUAUAUUAUGCUGUGAAUACACGAAUCCGGCGAAACUACUGGAAGUAAGCGGGCGCCAUUACUGAGCUGUUGCUGGGUAGCGUUGCGCCAGUGCCUUCUAUUGGA